AUUGUGUCGCGAAUCGGUAAUCGUAGGAUUCGCAUUCGCUUUUGCUAAUCGCAAUCCGCUCGUCGCCUUUCCACAAUCCACAACCGGCAACACCCGGCGGACAGUAGUUGAUCAUGAGAAUAGUGCGUGAACAUCUAAAAUAGAUUCAUAUUAUUUUCUAUUAUUGUGACGUAAUAUCAAGGCGAACGAACUUUACUCCGUUUAAAAGUUCCGACUUAAAUAUUACAGUAAUUUCAUCAAAACAGAAAUAGUGUGUUGUGACGAAAAUUACUGUAAUGUUUAAAUUCUUGUCCAACUCCUUGAUCACUCAAGCCAGCUGUCAAGAGGUGGGGGGCUGGUUAUUUAAAACGGGCCGAACCAGAUAAACUUCGAGAGAUAUUCUUGAGGUAUGCCACGGUAGAGAAAAAUGGUGAAAAAUACAUUACUAGUGAGAAUUUUGUCAGGCAAUUCCUUGGACUCUUUGAUGAAGAUGACUACAACAAGGAGUCAGUCCAGCUCAUCGCUGGCAUCGUUGACAUGGACAAGGAUGGAUUCAUUUCAUUCUCCGAGUUCCAGGCGUUCGAGGGACUCCUGUGUGUCCCCGAUGCACUGUACAAAACUGCCUUCCAACUAUUUGAUACUAAUGGGAAUGGACUGGUCACAUUUGAGGAGUUUGCGGACGUCAUGAAAAAGACGGCUUUGUACAAGAAACUGCCGUUCAACAUGGAGAGUACGUUUGUUCGCCUGUACUUUGGAAAGGACAAGAAACGUCUCGUAACAUACCCAGAGUUCAGUCAAUUCCUACACGAUUUCCAUGAGGAAUACGGAGUUGAGGCUUUCAAGAAACGGGACAAUGAUGGCAGCGGGUUCAUCAGUGUUGGGGACUUUAGGGAUAUCAUGCUGUCCGUCAAAAACCACCUUCUCACUAAGGAGUUGAAGACGAAAGUCAUUGAAGCGUCCGGAUUCCCGCAAGGCGAAAGAAAAAUCAGUUUCCCAUACUACAUGGCUUUUAAUUCCCUCCUAAAUAACAUGGAGCUAAUCAAACGUGUAUAUUUGAACGCAACGAACGGACACCGAACACAAGAAGUAACGAAAGAGGAGUUCCUACAUUCUGCCCAAAUGAUGAGCCAAAUCACACCUUUGGAAGUGGAUAUAUUGUUCACUUUGUGCGAUAUGAUACAUCAUACUAAUGGACGUAUCGUCUACAAUGACUUGAACGCAAUCACACCUGAACAAUACUUCAAACAAGUUACAAGAAGAGUUGCUGAAAUCAAAGCAGUGUCGAGUCCCGAAGAAAGAAGUGUUUUAAUUCAAAUAUUGGAGAGCACAUAUAGGUUUACCCUGGGUUCCAUCGCUGGUGCGGUGGGAGCCUCAGCGGUAUACCCAAUAGACUUGGUGAAGACCAGAAUGCAGAACCAGCGUACAGGCUCGUUCAUCGGUGAAGUGGCGUAUAGGAACUCGUGGGACUGCUUCAAGAAGGUCAUCCGGCAUGAGGGUGUCUUCGGUCUAUAUAGAGGUCUAGUGCCUCAGCUGAUUGGAGUCGCCCCGGAGAAAGCUAUUAAAUUGACUAUGAACGACUUAGUCCGAGAUAAGCUAAUGGACAAGAAUGGCAACCUUACUCUUACUGCUGAAGUUAUAGCUGGUGCAUGCGCUGGCGCGUCUCAAGUAGUAUUCACGAAUCCGUUAGAAAUAGUGAAAAUCCGUUUACAAGUGGCGGGUGAGAUUGCUGGCGGUACUAAAGUGAGGGCGUGGUCGGUUGUCAAGGACUUGGGGCUCUUCGGCUUGUACAAGGGGGCGAAGGCCUGUCUGCUGCGUGAUGUUCCCUUCAGCGCUAUAUACUUCCCCGCGUAUGCGCAUGUUAAGGCCAAAUUCGCAGACGAAAACGGCUACAACCAUCCCCUAACUCUGUUAGCUGCGGGAGCCAUCGCCGGUGUGCCCGCGGCUUCCCUCGUUACACCCGCCGAUGUUAUUAAAACAAGAUUACAGGUGGUAGCGAGAUCCGGUCAGACGACAUACAACGGAGUAAUCGACGCCACUAGGAAAAUAUACGCCGAAGAAGGUGCUAGAGCAUUCUGGAAGGGUGCUAUUGCUCGUGUGUUCCGUUCUUCGCCGCAGUUCGCGGUGACGCUGGUCACGUACGAAAUAUUACAGCGUCUGUUCUACGUGGACUUUGGUGGAUCUCGUCCAGCGGGCUCCGAGCUCACAGUGGCCACGCCAGUAGAAGAGACAAAGAAGAAGCCGCAUCACAUUGGCGGGUACCAAGUAGCGAUGCCGAUACUAACAGGCCUAGAAACCAAGUUCGGAAUCUCGCUGCCGAGGUUCUCGUACCCGAAAACACAGUAAAAUGGUGCGAGAGAUGUGUAGGAAGUGAAAAAAUUUGAAAAAAUGUCAAAAAAUUUGUGAAAAAGUUUCAAAAAAUAUCUUGGGAAGGGAUUAAAUUGGAGAAUGUCAAAUAUCUGGAACCAACUUUCCCUAAAAUCGUGACAGAAUAUUUUAAUUUUUAAGCAAUGUCAUUAACAAGUAAGGUUCUAUUGUGAAAAGGACUUUACUAAUUUUAGCAUUUAAAGUGAUAAAUCGCUGUCUCGCUCAUACACACGAGAUAUAUUCCAUAAAUACGACUGCUAUCUUAGUCACACGCAUCAGUUGUUAUAAUAUGAAUUAUGAAUACUCUGACAUCCUUCAUUCAAAGGUAUUGGAGAAUAUACUGGAAUCUGUACACUUUUUAAAAGAUUUUCUUCUAAAGAAACAAAAAAGGAAACAGAUGAAUUGUCUAAAAAGGUAUUCAUAUGAAAUAUCACAUAACUAUAUUUCCCUUACUGUAUUCCAUGAUGGUUCCAGUUAUUUGACUAGUUUAAAAUCAACACCAUAAUCUAUUAUCAAAAUAAAAACCACUUCGUUUGUAAUUCUUAAUUUUUGAAAGCUGAGAAGUUUUAAUCCAUACAUAAUUCUGAGAUUCGUGAGAUACAGUUACUUCUAGCUAUCAAAAUAUUAAAUUUAAAUUAGUUAUUGUUUUUAAUAUAAUAAAUAAAAAUUCACACAAAACGGAGAAAGCCAGAAAAUAAUAUUUUCUAUACAUCUCUUCCAUACAUUUAUAUGAAGACCCGUAGGGGGAACUAUAGAUCUACUAAGUAUCGUGUGCCUACAAUAAACACAAGUCAAUAAACAAUAUUCUAACGUGAAGACAUUAAUAAUUACUAUUGAGAUUUCAAUUGAAUAAUAGAUAAAUUACGCAAUCAUCUUUCGCAAAAACAUUUAAAGAUGGCAUUUAAUUUUAACGAAAUCGUUAAAAAAAGCUAUUAAAAUUGAAUUUGAAGGUCGUCAAGUCCAAAUACUAAUAACAUUUUCAAGGUUACCUAAAAACUUCUUUGCUAAAAUUGCUCUAUAAAUAUUGCGAUUAAAUCUAAUACUUAUGAUCAAGGUAAUAAGUAUCAGAAUAGGUCAUCAAAGUUUCCCGGCAUUAAAUUACUGCCAUCAUUAAAUAUUAGUUUAUUUCUUUUAAAUCGGAGUUAUUCACUGCCUGUGCGUGCGUGCGUAUCGAUUUAACUUCAAUUAUUUAAUUUUUAGGUUUUUAAUUCUUAUUCAUUUAUUAAUAAUUGUUCCAAAAUGAAGCAAUUUCAUAAGCAAUAUUAAUAUGAAGAAUUGGUGUUUUACAACCGAACCAUAUAUUUAAUUUUGAUAACUAUCAUAGGUAUGCACCUCGCAGCAUUUUAUACUCCAAAACGAUUGAUUUAUAUUGUGUAUCUUAUAUUUUUAUACAAUUAUUUUGCCAUAUUAUCUUUGCUUAUGCAGUUUUAUAUUAUUUUUAGCGCUAAGGAUAACGUCGAAUCGAUUUUUUUUUUUAUAUUUACCGAUGCCGUCACAUUUUCUGCUUAGAUAGACAAUUAUACGCAUUAUAAGGCUUUUGGACACUUUUUCAGUAGUUGCUUUGUAAAGCUGUUGUUCAUAAGUUAUUUACAUGUUAUUUGGUUUAUAAAUAUGUCGAUUCAUUGCGACCUAUAUCGUGUCUAUGCAAGACAAUAUCAUGAGCGAAUUUGGUUAUAUUGUGAUUGUACAAAAUUGAACACGGUUACCUUAAACAGUAUAAAGACGAGAUUAUUCUUGUGUAGUUAGACUUAUUUAAUACUAAUUAUCUCGCAUAUUUUGUCUGUUAUAUAUUUAAAUAGCUUGGGUGCAUCCAUAGAUAGUCUUAUUCAAUCAGAGUACAAGGAUCAGGGGUAAAUAACGUUUUUAAAUGAAUUUCUGCACUCGCACUAUAUUUUACUGUCUUGUAAUAAAUUGCCAAAAUUAUUCUAUAUUGAACAAAUUGGUCAUGUUAUAAUGUUUAAGAGAUUAUACAUAAUUGAUUAAAUUUUUACCAAUACACUAAUAACUAAAUUUUUGUAUGGAGUGGACCGUCUGUUGUAUACGUAGUAUAUUAUUAUUAGUCUGUGCUAAUAAUGUUAAGUACAUAUAAAUCGCGAAUUGCUGACUAUCUUUAAAUAAAUUGUAAAUUCAGUACCAAUAUUAUAUAGAAUAUUUUGGCAAUUUAUUCCCUUCGUGUUUUAUCUAUUUCAAUACACACUAGCUAGUCCAGCACGGUUUGAAAAUAGCCAUUUUGUGUGUAAAAAUUUGCCUGGAUUCUUAAUAAUUGUAAAUAAAAGUUGUGAGCUAAGCAAUACACAUCGGCAAUAUUAAAUGAUAUUAGAUUUAAUUUUGUAUACAAAUAGAGAUUUACGAAGCAAUUUUUACAUUGUCUUUUCAAAAUUUCAGUUUUCUAGUCCUGUGCUAAUAUGUUGUGUGAAUCAAUUAUUGGUUGUUAUUAUUGUAUAAAUUUAUUUGAAUACCUUCUGAAAGGCCUAUUACGAAUCGCGAAAUAAGAGAUUGUUGCCCUACAUUGUGUUGGUUAAAAUAAUGUUUAAAGCACAAUUCUUAAAAAAAAUUUACAAUGUCCACAAUAAGAAUAAAAACGUACUUUUGUCUAGUUCUAAAUCAUAAGCUAAGCUUCUAUCUAAAUGUAUUUUUAAUAACGGGACUUAAUGUUCCUUUGUAAAAGCGGUAAAGCAGUAAACAAAAUGAUUACUAUAUACAUUAUAGAGUAUGAAAUACUCACAAACUAAAACUUAACUCGAUUCUUCACUAUGGAUGGCCCGCAGUGCACAAUUUCAAUAUAUUACAUUAUAAUAUAUAAUAUAAAUUUAUAAGCUUAAUGUUGUUAAACAACAUUGUAUAAAAACAUAGGAGUAACGACAAGUGAUAGCAGCCGACGUGACUAGAUACUAUAUUUAUUGAUACUGUACAUUUUUGUGUUGAAAAUAAAUCAUGUCAAAAGAUA